GGUGUAACAGUACAAAGCGGGGACCGGUGGUGAAUGGAGAAGUGCAGUAGCCGCAUCAGUAGCAGCAGUCGGGUGCACCGACCAAAGCAUGCUCCAGCGCAGCCAUGACUUGCUCGGCGUCAGAUAGCGAGAAGAUCGUGAUCAACUGCGGCGGGAUCCGACACGAGACCUACCGGAGCACCCUAAAAACGCUGCCGGGGACACGCUUGUCUUGGCUGACUGAACCCGACGCCUACAGCAACUUCGACUACGACCCGAAGUCCGACGAAUUCUUUUUUGACCGCCAUCCGGCCACCUUCGCCUUCAUCCUCAACUACUACCGCACCGGUAAGCUCCACUGCCCCAAUGAUGUAUGUGGGCCGCUCUUCGAGGAGGAGCUCGCCUUCUGGGGCAUCGAUGAGACGGACGUGGAGGCAUGCUGCUGGAUGAACUACCGGCAGCACCGCGACGCCGAGGAAGCCCUGGACAGCUUCGAGACCCCCGAGCCGGACGCACCCGAGGAUGAUCCGGCGCUCACCGGCGGGGCGGACGGCGACCUGAAGCGCCUGUGCAUGCAGGAGGACGGCCGCAGAGCGACGUGGUGGGAGGUGUGGCAGCCUAAGAUGUGGGCGCUGUUCGAGGACCCUUACUCCUCCAAAUACGCUCGGUAUGUGGCGUUUGGGUCACUCUUCUUCAUCCUCCUCUCCAUCUCCACUUUCUGCCUGGAGACCCAUGAAGCCUUUAACACAAUCUACAACAAAACGGAGAAUGUAACCAAUGGCAACAUGACACAUGAGGAGGUGGUCACAGAUGGCUGGCUGACAUAUGUGGAGGGCGUCUGUGUCAUCUGGUUCACCAUUGAGGUGAUGCUGCGCGUCAUCUUCUGCCCUGAUAAGGCAGAGUUCUUCCGCAGCGCCCUUAACAUAAUAGACUUUGUGGCCAUUGUGCCCUUUUACCUAGAGGUAGCGCUGAGUGGCCUCUCCUCCAAAACAGCCAAAGAUGUGCUGAGUUUCCUGCGUGUGGUGCGUUUUGUCCGUAUCCUGCGUAUAUUCAAGCUCACCCGCCACUUUGUCGGUUUACGGGUCUUGGGCCACACUCUGCGGGCAAGCACCAACGAGUUCUUGCUGCUCAUCAUCUUCCUGGCACUGGGCGUCCUCAUCUUCGCUACCAUGAUUUACUACGCUGAACGCAUUGGUGCUGACCCAGAUGAUCCAACGGCUGCAGCCCACACCAACUUCAAGAACAUCCCAAUUGGCUUCUGGUGGGCUGUAGUGACCAUGACCACACUUGGCUACGGAGAUAUGUAUCCCGAGACAUGGUCAGGAAUGCUGGUGGGUGCCCUCUGCGCCUUGGCUGGUGUGCUGACCAUUGCUAUGCCUGUGCCCGUCAUUGUCAACAACUUUGGCAUGUAUUACUCCCUGGCCAUGGCCAAGCAGAAGCUCCCCAAGAAGAGGAACAAGCACAUCCCCCGAGCGCCACAGCCAGGCAGCCCCAACUACUGCAAGCCGGAUGCCCUGGCCAUGGCAACUGCCUCACCGCACAGCAUGAUGGGUACUGGAGACUGCCCACUGGCACAGGAGGAGAUCAUCGAGAUCAACAGGGCAGACUCCAAGCAGAAUGGUGACACGGCGGCCAACGCAGCAGCCUUAGCCAAUGAGGACUGCCCCACCAUCGACCAGGUCCUUGGGGACGAGCGCAGCCCGGCCACCGCGGGCCUUGGUUCCACCACUAGUCGCGAGCGUUACCCACAUGACCGGGCCUGCUUCCUGCUGAGCGCUGGGGAGUUCCAGCGCACGACAGACGGGAACGUUCGUAAAGUAGGAGGCACUGUGAACGGCUACUGGAGCGACAGCCCUUGGUAAAAGAGAAGCAGAUGACAAACGCCACA